AUGACAAACCUCAAGGUCGCGCUUGUCGGGGGGAGUGGUAAUGUUGGUCCUGCAGUGCUCAAAGAGCUACUCGCCGCAGGUUUUGAGGUAACCGUCCUCACGCGACAGGACAGCAACAAAAGUUUUGACUCUCGCGCCCGGGUUGUCAAAGUUGACUAUGAGUCUCUUGACUCGCUGAAAGCCGCUCUUUCCGGCCAAGAUGCCGUUGUGAAUGCCUUGGAUGUCGGUACAAUUCCAAAGGCCAUUCAUCUUCGCCUGGUUGAUGCAGCGGUUGCAACCGGUGUGAAGCGAUUCAUCCCUUCAGAGUACGGCUGCGAUACCACAAACCCGCUGGCCUCGAAAAUCCCUGUGUUUGCCGACAAGGUAACCGUACAAGAAUACCUUAAGAACGUCCCCCAGGACUCGGGUCUUAGCUACUCGCUUCUUAUCACUGGGCCUUUCCUCGACUGGGGCAUUGAGCGGGGCACCGUUCUCAAGGUGGCUGGUCCUGUCGUUCCUUUAUAUGACGGUGGUGAUCGCCGUUUCAGUUCUACGACUCUCCGUGGCGUGGGCAAGGGAGUUGUCGGAAUCCUUAACAACCUCGAGGCCACGAAGAACUCCACGGUCUAUGUCAAUGAGGCCAGGUUGACACAGAAAGAGCUAAUAGCAUUGUCUGGUAGUUCCCCUGAGACCAAGACUGUUCAGACCACAGACUUGGAACAAGAGGCAUUUGCGGAACUGGGAAAGCCAUCGCCAAACCCAGCGCUCUUUGUUGAGAAAUUUCUUGUGCGGACCGUCUUUGGUGAAGGAUUCGGCUCUCUUUUCGAUUCUCAGAAACUUUUCAAUGAUUCCUUUGGUCUCAAGGUUCUGUCUGAGGAAGAAAUCCGUGGUUUCUUUAAGUCGCCAGCUCUCUGA